AGUCAGUCAGUUUGAUUUUAAGGAGAGAAGUUACUUGAGUUGUUUAAGUUGAUCAAAAAAAUGGGUGACAAAGACAAACUGAUUUCUGAUGAGCCCAUCGAAGAUGGCGUUAGUUCGACUUCCUCCAAAAAUAUCAGGAAGCAGGAGCAAAGCCUACGAGGUCCAUGGUACUUAGCCAGUGGUUUUCUGCUGUUUUGGGCGCUGCUGUUCUCGGCUGUGGUAUUGCCACUCUUUUAUAGCAUUCCCAAGGGUUCGACCAUUGAGGAUGUAUCCAAGGGCGUUUUCAUCGCCGAGCGUGCUCAGAACAAUCUUUACAAACUUGCCGAAAUCGGAACCAAAGUGGUGGGCAGUGAUAACAAUGAGAACAAAACGGUCGACUACCUGAUGGGCCUGGUGUCUCAGAUACAGGAGAAUUGCCUGGACGACUACUUCGACAUCGAGGUCGAUCUGCAAGAGGUCUCGGGAUCCUACAUCCAUUGGACCAUGGUCAACAUGUAUCAGGGGGUGCAGAACAUUGUCAUCAAACUGAGUCCCAAGGAUACAACGAGCACCACCUACCUGCUUGUGAACAGUCACUUCGAUUCCAAGCCGACGAGUCCAUCUGCCGGCGAUGCUGGCCAGAUGGUGGUCGCCAUCCUGGAGGUCCUGCAAGUGAUGUGCACCACCAAGCAAACCAUCAGGCAUCCAGUCAUCUUCCUGCUGAACGGAGCCGAGGAAAAUCCCCUGCAAGCCUCGCAUGGCUUCAUUACCCAACACAAGUGGGCUAAAAACUGCAAGGUGGUUCUCAAUUUGGACGCAGCUGGCAAUGGCGGCAGAGAUAUAGUGUUCCAAACUGGACCUAAUAGCCCCUGGCUCGUAGAAACAUACAAAAAUAGUGCACCACACUACAUGGCUACCACAAUGGCCGAGGAAAUCUUUCAAACGGGUAUCCUGCCCUCCGAUACUGACUUUGCCAUCUUUGUAAAGUAUGGAAAUCUUAUUGGUUUGGACACGGCCAAGUUCAUCAACGGUUUCGCCUAUCAUACGAAGUACGAUCAAUUCUCUAACAUUCCCAGAGGUUCCAUACAGAACACGGGCGACAAUUUGCUGGGUCUGGUGCGCUCCAUAGCCAAUUCCACGGAACUGGAUAACACAGCGGCUUAUGCCACAGGACAUGCCAUCUUUUUCGAUGUCCUGGGACUGUACUUCAUAAGCUAUACGGAGAGCAAUGGUGUGAUUCUAAAUUAUUCCGUGUCCGCAGUAGCACUUGUCCUGAUUUUCCUAUCCAUUUGGCGCACUGCAAGCACCUCCGAUGUAUCCAUUGGAUACGUUCUCUGCUGGUUCAUCUUGAUCCUUGUACUGCAGAUCAUCGCCUUUGUACUGGGUCUCGGCCUGCCCGUAGUUGUAGCCUAUGUGUUCGAUAUGUACGGACUAUCCCUCACUUACUUCAGCACUCCGGCCCUGCUGAUCGGCCUCUACAUCUGCCCAAGUCUAUUGGGAUUGAGCUUGCCAUCCUACAUCUACCUGAAGUUGCAACGAAGUGAUAAGGUUGCCUUUGCCCAACAACUGCAACUGGUUCUCAAUGGACACGCUGCAGUGCUGGCCAUCCUGGACGUUGGAUUGACCGUUUAUGGGCUGCGUAGCGCCUAUGUGCCCACCUGGACACUCAUCUUCUACGUAAUUCCCUUGGCCAUUAACCUGCUGACCACUCUGCACGACCGCGGCUUCUCCUGGACUGGUGUGCUCAAGAUAUUCCAGGUCGUUCCGUUCCUGUACAAUAGCUAUUUGAUUUACUGCUUCGUGGUGACUCUGAUACCCAUGAUGGGUCGUUUCGGCAGAGCAACCAACCCGGAUUUGAUUAUAUCGGCUUUGUGUGCCUUGGGAACCGUUUUGUCAUUGGGUUUCGUGAUCCCCCUAGUUAACAUGUUCCGACGCCCCAGCAUGAUCCUGCUCACCUUGUUGGCCAUCAGUGCUGUGACCAUGUACACGGCUUCCUCCACCCAGAUUGGUUUCCCCUUCCGACCAAGGACCAACGUUCAGCGACUGCCCUACCUGCAUGUGCGACGAACCUUCUACGAAUACGAUGGCACGGUUGUGAAGGAUGACUCCGGCUAUCUGUUCAACUUCCAGGAUCGCCGGGGACCAGCGCCCCUAAAGCUCUCCACGUUGAAUAUGACUGGACUGGUCAGCAUUGCUGCGGACUGCGAUACGGUUAUGAUGUGCGGAUAUCCUCUAUAUGAUCACCGAUGGGUGAAGAACCGUAUGCAGAUCAUGUGGCUACCAAGAGAAGAGGAAAUUGUGCCACCCAAUGUGCCGAAACUUGAGCUUGUGGCCAAGACGGAGCUGGAAAACAAUACAGUGCGCUUGGAAUUCCAGGUGAACACUUCAGAUCAUGCCAGUAUUUUCUUGCUGCCAUAUGAAGAUGUUUCCAUUGUGAACUGGAGCCUACCUACGAGUUACAUUGGCCAGCAGUCGACCUCUCACCUUUAUUUCUCAUAUGGCAAGGACAACUCGCCAUUGGCUUUCUUUGUUGAAUUUUAUAAACUGGACAAUGACUUUACAGUACCUUUGUGCCAGGUGGGAGUGUCUGACCAUUUCAUUAACGACAAAGGAGAUGCAAUAAGUCAAGCCUUUGCCCAGAAGAUCCCAUCAUUUGCUGCCCCAGUUGAUUGGCCAGCAUCCUACCAACGUUACAUUUUCUAAGGAACUCGAUCUCGAUUCCGUCAAUAAUUAUAUCGGAUAAAUAUUGUUACCAAUAAUUAUUAACAAUAAAAUGAACUGCUAAGCAUUG